AUGGCUGACCGGAGAGAGAGCGACGACGGUGGCAAGCCGCCGACUGCCACGAACGGAGUCAAGGUCAAGCACGAGGCCACCGCCAGGCAUGACGACGAUCAGAACCAGCAGCAGCACAAGAGCCCCAAGAAGAGGCGCAAGGUCAACCAUGCUUGUGUAUAUUGCCGCAGAUCGGAGCGACCAUGCACGAGAUGUGUCAAGCGCAACAUUGGACAUUUAUGCCACGACGAGCCCCGCGAAGCCGACACCAAGAAACCCAAGCCGAACAUCAGCAGUAGCAGCAACGGUGCACCGGCGGUAGCGGUAGCGAAGCAGCGGGACGAUGCGAUGACCGCCGAUAACCCGUCCGACAUGGGCCGAAGCUCUGUAUCCAGCACCAUGGGUCCGCCCACAGGGUUCGAUCCGAGCGGAAGCAGGCCUGCAGCCUCCUCGUCGGGAUUCAACGGGCCUAUCGUAGGCCACAGGUCUACGCUGCCCCUCAUCCAGCAGCAGCAGCAACAGCAGCCGCCACCGGCCACCGUGCAGGGGAAUGCAAUGGGUGGUCAAGGCAUGGGAAGAAUGCUGACGGAGUUCCCGACAGUUGCCGGCUUCUCGGAUGCUUGGAUGACAGCGCAGACCUUUGGCGGUCUGAACAGCUAUAACCCCAACUACCUGAUUGCUCCGGAUGUGUCGCACGAGUUUAAUCUGCUCAACGACUUCCUCCACACUAGCCUCCUCGACGACAACGGUCUACCUUCGGACGAAGCGCAGCAGAGUCCCAUCUUUUCCCGAACCAUCGACACCGACAUGCUGUCCAACAAUAACAACAACAACAACUUUGGCGACAGCUCAUGGUCGCAGCAGCAGACGCAACAGCAGCAGCAGCAGCAGCAGCAGCAGCAGCAGCAGUCACAACGGCAACAGCUACAGCUACAACUACAGAAGCAGCAGCAGCAGCAGCAGCAGCAGCAGCAGCAGCAGCAAGCCUCGGGAUCUAUGAUGCCCCCACCCAAUAUGGACGGUAGGAUGCCAGGAAGCAGCGCCGCCGCUACCGCGACGGCCACCGAGAACAAGACGCGGGAAUACUACCUCCAGGCCGCCGACCCGGCGGGCAGCGACAACCCGGAGGAGCGCAUGGGCCGCCUCCUGCGCGCCAAAUACGACGCCGGCCUGCUCAAGCCCUUCAACUACAUCAACGGCUACGCCCGGCUUGGCAAGUACCUCGACGGGCACAUCGCCGCGUCGUCCAAGCAGAAGAUCCUGCGCACCAUCAACCAAUUCCGGCCAAAGUUCCGCGAGAAGGCUCAGGGCCUGACGGACAUGCAGCUCGUCUAUGUCGAGAUGUGGUUCGAGCGCCAGCUCAUGGAUUAUGACCGCGUCUUUGCCAGCAUGGCGGUGCCGGCCUGCUGCUGGCGGAGGACGGGGGAGAUCUUCAGGGGAAAUAAGGAGAUGGCUGAGCUCAUCGGGGUGCCUGUCGAUCGACUACGAGAUGGAAAGAUCGCAUUACACGAGAUCCUCACAGAAGAGUCCAUGGUCCGGUACUGGGAGGAAUUCGGCACGAUCGCCUUUGAUCCGGCUCACGAGACUCUCUUGACGGCCUGUUCGCUCAAGAACCCUAGUGACAUGUCAGACCACCCCAUCGUCAACUGCUGUUUUGCUUUCACCAUACGGAGGGACGAGCAUAAGUUACCGGCGCUCAUUGUGGGUAACUUUCUACCACAUGAUCCGCCCCCGCAAGGAUAG